AUGUAUCUAACAAACAUUUUCAUUACAGGAUUCUGUCUAUUCUCAUCAUUGGUUCACUGUAUACCCACAUCGCCAAUUCCUCAAGGUUCAGAACUAAGCAUUAGAGAAGAAUUUGACCUGCUUAUUGAAUCCAAAUGGGAUGCCAAUGAAGCUAGCUUAUACUAUGAUUUAAUAGAUAUGUUCAGUGAUGAAGAUUUUCUUUUUAAAAGAGCCGACAAUGAUGAUAGCUAUCAAAGCACAAUAAAUUCUGUUCUUGAAACCAUCAAUUCAUCAGGUGUUAUUUGGGACUUGUUGGACGCUAUUGCUGAUCAUCCGGAUAGAAUUGAAUACUUGACCAACUUGACCUCGUCUUUACUUGGCGGUACAAACAUUACCAUUGAUGUUGCUGAUAUUUUGAAUGGUGAUAGUUCUUUAUCUUCAUUGACUCAAUUUAUUAACGUAUCUGCUAUUUUUAAUGCAGUUAUGGAUAGUGGAUUGGUUACCUCUUUGGCUGAUGGUCUUUUGUUGGAUGCCGACUUUAGACCAAAAUUGGCUGACAUUGUCAAUAGAGUUGGUUGGUCAUUAAGAGACCCCUUGUUGUACAUUUUCAACUCGGUUUUCCAAAAGAGAGAUUUAUUGUUGAAAAGGGCUGAUGGCAACGAUCUUAGUGUUUGGCUGAGUUUGCUUAGAGCAGCUGAAGAUGAGGUUUCUGGGUCUUCAACUACAAACCAAGCUACUACUACUGCUGCUAGAACAACUAACACUGCAAACCCAUCUUCAUUUUCAUUCUCAAUUGACCCCAAUGUCUUGUCAUCAAUCUUGAGCUUAAACUCUCAAGUUGCACAAACUCAGUCUUCAAGUUCCCAAAGAUCAACUUCAUCAUCUUCUAGAGCUGCUUCUUCAUCAUCUUCUAGAGCUGUUUCUUCAUCAUCGUCUGCUUCUUCGUCUUCCGCCUCAUCUGCAGCAUCUUCAACUAGAUCAUCAUCACGUGCUGUUGAAUCAACUACAUCUUCAAGUUCAAAUUCGGUAAGCUCAAGCGAAUAUAGCGGAAGUUUGGGUAGUUUUGUUGAAAACGCCGCUGGAACUAUUUUGGGAUCAAAUAUUGUUGGAAAUAUCGCUACUGACGUUUUGAAUGCUUUGAACGACACUGGUUUUGCAGUCUACUUUGUCAAGAGAUUCUUGUCUGAUGAUGCUUAUGUUAACAUGACUGGAGCUCUUGCCAGUUCAUUGUUAUCCUCUGGUACUAUCAACAUCAACACCGAGGGGGUAAAUAUCACUGGUCUUGUCGACCAAGUUUUGGGUGAUCCAUCAGCCAUCGUGAGUACCGUUGGAUCUUUAUUGAGUGGUGACUCAAGUGCUCUUUCUGGUACUUUGGGUAAAUACUCGGGAGCUUUGCAAUCCCUUCUUGGAGAUAUCGAAGCCACUGGUUUAUUCGCUAGAUUAAACAAUUAUAUCUUUGGAAGCUCAAGCAGCAGCUCCGCCACACAAGCUACAACAAGUGCUUCAUCUUCAUCAAGUGCUAAAAAAGAUGUUGUUUCUGCUAGUGCCACUGCAACUUCAAAAUCUUCGGAAAAAAAACAAGAGGUAAAGACUAGUGUUGUCAGUGUUUCACCUACCAACAGUGCUGUCUCUCGUUCAUCAAACAGCUCUAAUGACGCAUCUGGUGUUGCAGGAAAUGGAUUCACUAUGAAAGCAUUAUUCUUGACACAAGCUGUAUUACUCGUUGGUGUAUUUGCUUUUUAA